AUGGAGAAAAAACAAUUACAAAGUGAAAAUACCGAUAGUACAGGGGGUACAACCACCCAACAAUUAGUUACAAUCAGCCCUACAAGUUUUUCUGUAAACCAUCCACUUCCAGCAGAUCGGCAAAGGUUCUUCUUAUCUCUUACUGAAGGUAUUUUUGGACUUGACGAGGAAGUAAAAGAAGAAAAACUACAAAUCCUGUCCGUAAGUUGCACCAUCAAAGACUUGGUACCAUAUUUGUGCGCUUUCAUCAGAAACACAAUAGAUAUGAACAAAGGUAAUCCAGAUCUGAUUUUAUUUACAAAUUCAAUACGAAUGGUAGAUAAUCUAAUAAAUAAUGAGCAUCUAAAUCUGACUCCCGUUCUAAACGAUCUAUUCCCAGCCGUUAUUUCUUGUAUUCUUACCAGAAAAGUUAGUAGAAACUGUUAUGAGAAUCACUGGCCAUUACGAGAUUUUUCUAUUUCAUUAAUUAAAACAAUUUGUGAGAAGUACAAUAAUCCUGCUGACAACAUUAAGAAUAGGGUCAUUCAUAUUUAUUAUAAACCAUUGAAAGACUGUAAGAUUUAUCCUCUAACAACAUUAUACGGAGCUAUUAAAGGUUUGGGAAGUUUGGGAGAAGAAGUAAUAAAGAUAUUUGUAUUGCCUCAUAUCAAUAAUCUAGGAAAAGUAUUAUUUGAAAAACCUUUUUCUUCUCGACGUUUAAGCGAAGCAAAUCAGUACGCUAUGGAAGUAAAACAAGUUAAACAAGCUAUAGUAAAUGUAACAGCUCCUGUUCUACUCAAAAUGAAAGAUGCAAAUGAUGGGAAAUCUUCGUAUUCGAAAAAAUUUGGAUAUCUUGGAAAAUGUCUUUAUGCAGAAAUCAAAAAAUUGGAGAGCACUAACAUCAAGAAAUAG